CGCUGACAGUCCGGCUGGAGAGCGCUGGUUAUCCGGGGAUAUCGCUUUGCUGCUGUGCUUCUCUAGCCUGUUUCACUCUCUCCCUCUUCCUGCGGAGUGACCACAGUACCGUUGAAAAAAAGCCAAACAAAACAAAACAUUUAAAGCCAAAAAUAUGGCGGAUCUCGGAGCGGGGAGCCUACAAGUGGGGGACCCUGCCUUUAAUUACCAGGAGCGAGAGCUAAACGAGCGAUUGAAGCGGCUCUACCCGGCCGUGAAUGAGGAAGAGACCCCUUUACCCCGAUCUUGGAGCCCCAAGGAUAAAUACAGCUACAUCGGGCUCUCGCAGAACAAUCUGCGGGUGCAUUACAAAGGUCAUGGGAAGAACCACAAGGAUGCCGCAUCGGUGCGCGCCACACACCCGAUCCCUGCGGCCUGUGGGAUCUACUACUUCGAGGUGAAGAUCGUCAGUAAGGGGCGAGACGGCUACAUGGGGAUUGGCCUGUCUGCCCAGGGGGUCAACAUGAACAGACUGCCUGGUUGGGACAAACACUCAUAUGGUUACCAUGGCGACGACGGACACUCCUUCUGCUCCUCAGGGACUGGCCAGCCUUAUGGCCCCACCUUCACAACGGGCGACGUUAUUGGCUGCUGUGUGAAUCUCAUUAACAACACCUGCUUCUACACCAAGAAUGGGCACAGUCUGGGGGUGGCGUUCACAGACCUCCCUCCGAACCUGUACCCGACAGUAGGCCUGCAGACCCCGGGGGAGAUUGUCGAUGCUAACUUCGGCCAGCAGCCCUUUGUGUUCGACAUCGAGGACUACAUGAGUGAGUGGAGAGCCAAGAUCCACGGCAUGAUCGCCCGCUUCCCCAUCGGAGAGAGACUGGCAGAGUGGCAGGCCGUGCUGCAGAGCAUGGUGUCCAGCUACCUGGUGCAUCAUGGGUAUUGUGCCACAGCAACAGCCUUUGCCAGAGCCACAGAGACCAUGAUCCAAGAGGAGCAGACCUCAAUAAAGAACAGACAGAGAAUACAGAAGCUGGUGUUAGCAGGUCGGGUUGGAGAGGCCAUAGAUGCCACACAGCAGCUCUACCCCGGACUCCUAGAACACAACCCCAACUUACUCUUCAUGUUGAAGUGUCGGCAAUUUGUGGAGAUGGUGAAUGGUUCAGACAGUGAGGUUCGCUGCUUCAGUAACCACUCCCCCAAAUCCCAGGACAGCUACCCCGCCUCCCCCAGCCUGAGUCCCCGACACGGAGCUACCAACCCCCACCUGCACAGCACAGGAGCAGACAGCCCCACCUGCAGUAACGGGGUCACCCCCAGCAAGAGCAAGAGCCACAGCAAAUACCCCGGCGUCAGCUCCACCUCCUCCUCCUCUUCCUCCUCCCCCUCCUCCGUCAACUACUCCGAGUCCAACUCCAGCGACUCCACUAAAUCCCAGCCCCACAGCGGCACCAGCAACCAGGAGACCAGUGACAGUGAGAUGGAGAUUGAGGCAGAGCAUUACACCAAUGGGGUCACAGAGAAUUCAUCAGCCAGGAUCAUGAAUGGCACCUACAAACAUGAGGAGAUCCUACAGACAGACGACAACAGCCUGGGCAACGGAGUCACAGAGGAGAGCUGUGCCCCCAGGCAGCUGUGUGGCGGAAACCAGGCGGCGACCGAGCGGAUGAUCCAGUUCGGCCGCGAGCUGCAGGCCCUCAACGAGCAGCUGUGCCGGGAGUAUGGCAAAAACGCCACUCACAAGAAGAUGCUGCAGGAUGCCUUCAGUCUCCUGGCGUACUCUGACCCCUGGAACUGCCCCGUCGGACAGCAGCUUGACCCCACGCAGAGAGAAUCCAUCUGCUCCGCCCUCAACAGCGCCAUCCUGGAGUCGCAGAACCUGCCGAAGCAGCCCCCCUUGAUGCUGGCGCUGGGACAGGCAACGGAGUGUGUGCAGCUCAUGGCCCGGGUCCGUUCCGGCUCCUGCUCCUUCGCCAGAGUCGACAACUUUUUGCACUAGCCACAGCCCAGGCAAUGUACAGGACAGCAAAGAAGAGGACUUUCCAGUUUGUGGCCAUGGUGACAGGAACGCAUGAGUUUGGAUUGGUGUGCCGUUUGUGAUUGGGGGAAACAUUUUGAGGGGACGAAUACGAUACAAGACAAGGAAGGCUUCUUUUUUAAUUUAGUAUUAUCAAAUACAGAU